CACAUUUUCCAUAUCAAGCAAUCAACCAAGAAAUGGCAAUUCCUAGCGUCUGCUUGUGUACCAAACUCCCUCCAAAUCCAAAUAAACUUCAGAGUCCUAACCCGUUCCCACUAACCCAUCAAUCUUCUUCUUUCUCUCCACAGGUUUCUCUGAAUUCAGUUGAGAGUUCGAGAAAUGCUUUGGCCUCUUUUGGUGAAUCAAUAUCAAGAGCAAGCUUUCUAGCUCUUCUCUCUGCUUCACUCUUCUUGGCCUCGGAUCCUGCUUUAGCGUUUAAGGGUGGAGGUCCUUACGGUGCUGGAGUGACAAGGGGCCAAGAUCUUUCAGGGAAGAAUUUUAGUGGCAAAACUUUGAUCAAACAAGACUUUAAAACGUCAAUACUCAGGCAAGCUAAUUUUAAAGGUGCAAAUUUAGUUGGAGCUAGCUUCUUUGAUGCCGAUUUAACAGGGGCUGAUCUUUCAGAUGCUGAUCUUAGAGGGGCUGACUUCUCCUUAGCAAAUGUGACAAAGGUGAAUUUAAGCAAUGCUAACCUGGAAGGAGCACUUACAACUGGCAAUACAUCUUUCAAGGGGUCCAAUAUAGAAGGGGCAGACUUCACGGAUGUUCCUUUAAGAGACGAUCAACGGGAAUACCUUUGCAAGAUUGCUGACGGGGUGAAUCCAGUAACUGGUAAUGCAACACGAGACACAUUGUUCUGCAAAUAGCCUGCAGAUUUCAGAAUCUAGUAGUGUAAGCUGUUAAUCAUUCAUGGAUUAAUUACUCCCUAUUUAUUCCUAUAUAUGAUUCUGGCUUUUGAACCUCAUGGUUCCACAUAAAACAUCAAAGUUACCUCUUAUCGGGUAUUCUCCUCUUCCAGCAUUGCCUCGAUUAUGAAUGUGGUAACUGGUAUUUACAUAUCAAAUUGUUGCA